CUGGUUCUGUCAGAGACGGAGCCGGGGCCACGGUGGGAAAGAGGCCGAGCGGAGAGGCAGAGACAUAAAGGCUGGAUUCAUAGUGUGUGUGCGCGUGAGUGUGUGUGUGUGUGUGUGUGUGUGUGUGCGCGCGCGCGCGUGUGUAUAUAGCGGCCGGUAAUUACCUUCGAGCAUCUGAACCAAUCAAGAGCCGCACAGAGGCAGAUACGGAGGGAGGAGGCUGAUUCGGAUUCUCAGUCUAUUCCCAGGCCGAGAAGAACACGGCGUGUUUAUUAGAUCCCGCUCAGACGGAAGCGACGGAAGGUGUUUCCCUGCGAGCGGCACGGCGCGUCCUUUCUCACGUUCGGUGAAAGCGGAUGGACAAGAUGAACCACAGCUCCGCCGAGGCAGAGGCUGAGACCAUAGAGCCGCUGCGUUACCUCAGUAAAGAGGAGGCGACAGCCAUCGAGACGGAGCUGCUGAGGGACUACAGGUUUGGGCAGCAGCAGCUGGUCGAGAUCUGGGGUCAAGCGUGUGCCCUCGCUAUCACCAAGGCCUACCCGCUCGGCUCGCUGGCCAGGAAGCAGCCCACAGUGCUGGUCAUCUGCGGUCCGGAGCAGAACGGCUCCAUCGGCCUGGUCUGUGCGCGACACCUGCGCAUAUAUGAAUACGAGCCGACCAUCUACCACCCUAAACGCUCCUCUCACAGUCUGCACCAGGAUUUCACAGUUCAGUGUGAGAAGAUGGACAUCCCCUUCCUGUCCUAUCUCCCCACAGAGGUGCAGCUCAUAAACGACGCCUACAACCUAGUGAUCGACGCGAUGCUGGGCCCAGAGGCCGACUGCACCGGCGUCAAGGAGCCAUACUCUGGCAUCCUGGCCACCCUGAAGCAAGUCAAGAUUCCCAUCGCCAGCGUGGACGUGCCCUCAGGUUGGGACAUCGAAGAGCCGAGUCAGGACGGGAUCAACCCCGAGGUCCUCAUCUCGCUAACGGCGCCAAAGAAGUGCGCCGCCAGUUUCUCGGGGAAGCAUUUCUUGGCCGGACGCUACCUGCCCUAUGACAUCCAGAAAAAAUACGAGCUGAACCUCCCGGACUACGCCGGCACAGAUUGCCUCAUAGAAUUGUAACGCGAGGGGGAGGAAGCAGAGUCAGUGUGGCCACGCCUUGUUUUGAAGAACCUAUGAAUCUAUUCUUUGGGUUGGUAUUUUAUAGAUUGUUAAUGUGUUGCUGUUGACAUUUGAGUUGACCGUCGCCGGAUCUACUGCCGCGCUGCAGGAAACAUAGAAACCGUGGUUGGAGUCGUGUUUUUUAGGGAAUGGCAUGAGACCUUUUUGUGUCAGUCUACUUGUAAAAUCUGUAGCAUUACACUGUUUUCUGGUUAGUUUGCAACUACGACCUACUUUAUCCACAGUCAGCGAAGAAAAUGAAUUUUCUAUGAUGCCAAGAACUGAGAUUGUCCUUUGUUUGCCCUAAAGGUUUAAUUUUACGUUGAUGUUCUGUUGCACUGAUGAUCUCAUGUUUCUUUCUACUGAAGUGUGCUGCUGAAAUUAGUUUGCUGUAAAUAGGAAAUAUUACACUCUUUGUUCAUGUGUUUUAUUUUGUUUCUUUGGUCAAGCUGCCCCUCUGCAUUACCUUUUGUUUCAGAGAACCCUCAGCCGUUACAAAAGGCCCAGACAUUUCUCGUUAUCCAAUAAAUACGCUCUAUUUAAAGGAUA